CGCAUCCCGUGCUUUUCACCCAACAAUCAUCUCCACCAACUUUUGUCGUCGGUCCGGACCCCUCCAUCUAAUAGCGUCAAUUUUAUCUAUUAGGACCGACUCAAAAUGUCUUCUCCGGGUUCAUCGCGCCGUAGUCGCACUCCUAGAGCAGAGACGACACCACGCGCUUCUCGUCGUCUAAGGGGUGAAGGCCCCGUACCGUCGUCGUCGCCGAUGUUUUUUCAGUCUUCCCCCGCAAAAGACAAUAACACCAGCGCUGAGACACCAGAUAUCAGAAUGGAUGAGCCCAGCUCUCCUAUCAGGGCAUCCUCCACCAUGGAGGGUGAAACCACACCUCGGGCAAACCGUCCCAAUGUCAGAGACUCUUCCCCAAUCCGAUACAUGUCAAGCUCUAGCCCCACUCGCGCUCGCAGUCUCCAGCCAGGACGAUCCGAUAUCCCUAGUAGUAGCAGUGGUCUUUUUGUGUCUCCUCGCCCUGCCGCAGGCGGUCAUCGCAACGUUGCAUCCCGUCGCAAUGAUCUUCGUUCGAGUGGUUUUGGAUCUACGCCUAGUCGGCGCCGGAGAGAUUUUGUUGAUGCCAAUGGCAUGCCAUCCGCCGAUGGAGAGCCACAGUCAGAUGCAACUUUCUCGAACAUCCAUCCCGACACUUCCGAGGCGGACGCAUUGGGUGGUGGCUCUACCCGUGUCAUUUGGGGUACCAACAUAUCUAUUAUGGACUCUAUGUCCGCGUUCAAGAAUUUCCUCUACAACUUUGCAACCAAAUAUCGUUUGUGGGCGGAGGGUGCCACGGAAGAUGAGACCCGCAGAAUGGGAGAUGCCGCAGAAGAGAAAGAGUACAUCAACAUGCUUAACACGAUGCGUCAAUUGGGUGUGACUAGCUUGAGUCUAGAUGUGAAGAAUCUCAAGGCCUACCCCUUGACGCAGAAGUUGUGGCAUCAACUUCACGCAUACCCCCAGGAGAUCAUCCCUCUGAUGGAUCAAUCUAUCAAGGAUGUGAUGGUUGAUCUUGCGACCAAGGAAGUGCAGCGCCUAGGAGUUCAGAACCAGCGGAACCAAUCUAACUUGAGAGGUUUGAGUUCUGCGCCUGCCGUCCCAAGUUCGGACGCUAUGAGCGAGACUGGCCGGAUGCCACAGACCGAAAUUCCGGACCUCGUCAGUGAAGUUGAGGCAAAGAUCUUCAAGGUUCUACCAUUCGGUCUCGAUUCCAGCGUGAAUAUGAGAGACCUUGAUCCAGCUGAUAUGGACAAGUUGGUGAGCGUCAAGGGUCUCGUCAUUCGCGCGACACCCAUUAUUCCGGACAUGAAAGAAGCAUUCUUCCGCUGUCAGGUGUGCAACCACGAUGUACAGGUCGAUAUCGAUCGUGGUAAGAUCGCAGAACCCACAAUCUGCCCACGCAAUGCCUGCAAGCAAAGAAACUCCAUGGAGAUUGUCCACAACCGCUGUAUAUUUGCCGACAAGCAGGUCAUCAAGCUGCAAGAAACACCGGACAGUGUUCCCGACGGCCAAACUCCUCACUCAGUUUCACUUUGCGUGUACGAUGAGAUGGUGGAUGUUUGCAAAGCAGGUGAUAGAGUUGAAGUGACCGGCAUUUUUCGGUGCAACCCCGUGCGCGUGAAUCCCCGACAACGUACCCAGAAGGCGCUAUUCAAAACUUAUGUCGAUGUAUUGCACGUCCAAAAGACUGAUCGCCGGAAACUGGGCGUUGACGUAACAACGAUUGAGCAAGAGCUGUCAGAGCAGGCUGCUGGAGAUGUCGAGCAGACCCGGAAGAUUACGGUUGAGGAAGAGGAGAAAAUUAAGCGAACUGCCUCCCGGCCGGACGUGUAUCAACUGCUUUCUCGGUCUCUCGCUCCUAGCGUCUAUGAGAUGGACGAUGUCAAGAAGGGUAUCCUCCUUCAGAUGUUUGGAGGUACUAACAAAACUUUCCAGAAGGGCGGUAACCCGCGCUACCGUGGUGACAUUAAUGUGCUCCUUUGCGGCGACCCCUCGACUUCGAAAUCCCAGCUGCUUCGAUAUGUGCAUAAGAUUGCGCCUCGAGGUGUAUAUACUAGUGGGAAAGGCUCUUCCGCUGUUGGUCUUACAGCCUAUGUGACUAGAGACCCCGACACACGCCAGAUGGUUCUAGAAUCCGGUGCCCUUGUGCUUUCGGAUGGUGGCAUUUGCUGUAUUGACGAGUUCGACAAGAUGAACGAAUCCACACGGUCCGUUUUGCACGAAGUCAUGGAGCAGCAGACUGUGUCGAUCGCGAAGGCCGGUAUCAUUACUACGCUGAAUGCUCGAACCAGUAUUCUUGCCUCGGCAAACCCUAUUGGCAGUCGAUACAACCCCAAUUUACCUGUUCCUCAGAACAUUGACUUGCCACCCACCUUACUGUCGCGUUUCGAUUUGGUAUAUCUGGUCUUGGAUCGUGUGGAUGAGCAAGAAGAUCGUCGGUUGGCCAAGCAUCUGGUGAACAUGUAUUUGGAGGACAAGCCGGAAAAUGCAAGCGACGAGGAAAUCUUGCCCGUUGAGUUCCUGACGGCCUAUAUUACUUACGCCAAGACGAAGGUUCAUCCCGUUAUCACACCGGCUGCUGGCAGAGCCCUCUCGGAUGCAUACGUGAACAUGCGUAAGCUUGGCGAUGACAUCCGCUCUUCUGACCGAAGAAUCACGGCGACCACUCGUCAGCUGGAGUCCAUGAUCCGACUGUCAGAGGCCCACGCACGUAUGCGAUUGUCGACGGAGGUGACCGCGGACGACGUCGAAGAGGCAGUGCGUUUGAUUCGGUCUGCCAUCAAACAGGCGGCUACAGACUCCCGAACUGGGCUGAUUGAUAUGGGUCUUCUCACGGAAGGCACCAGUGCGAGCGAGAGGCGCCAGCGGGGCGCUCUGAAGCGCGCUGUGCUCGCGGUGAUCGACGAGCUGAGCGGCGGAGGUGCCACCCCUCGCUGGGGUGACGUGUAUCGUGCCCUGAGUGAACAGAGUAGCGGCGAGGUGGAUGGCGGCCAAUUCACCGAAGCAGUUCGCACGCUGGAGACCGAAGGGUACGUGAAUAUUCUGGGUGAGGGAGCACGACGGAGCAUCCGGCGUGUUGGAGGCCGCCUUCUGUAACCGGAUGAUGAUUAUGAUGCCACGGAACAUGUAAACGGAAAGGAAGCGAGCUAUGCAUCGUCAGUAUAUGAGUCAAUUGCAUAGCUUCGACGGGUUAUCUAGGGAUGGUCGGGUGUCCGGUGUUGGUCUAUGUAUCGUAUCCAUGAAGCUCUUGUAUUCAU